AUGGAGACUAGAAAUCACACAAUGGUAACAGAGUUCAUUAUUUUGGGGUUAACAGAUGAUCCUACUCUUUCUUCUAUCUUCUUUGUAAUGUUUCUGGCCAUCUACAUUACCACUGUACUGGGAAACAUCAGCAUCAUCAUGUUAAUCCAAAGAAGUCCUCAGCUCCACACCCCUAUGUACCUCUUCCUCAGCCACUUGGCUUUUGUGGACAUUGGGUACUCCACCUCAGUCACACCUGUCAUGAUUAUGAGUUUCCUGAGAGAGAGAACAGUCCUCUCUGUGGCUGGCUGCAUAGUACAGCUUGGCUCUGAUGUGGUCUUUGGGACAGCCGAGUGCUUCCUGCUGGCUGCCAUGGCCUAUGACCGCUAUGUGGCCAUCUGCUCACCACUGCUUUACUCCACCCUCAUGUCUCCCAGGGUUUGCAUGAUCCUAUUGGUUGUUUCCUAUCUGGGUGGGUGCAUGAAUUCAUCAUCAUUUACCAGUUGUUUACUGAGCCUGACUUUCUGUGGACCAAACAAAAUCAACCAUUUCUUCUGUGACCUCCCACCACUCGUAGAACUUUCUUGUACCCACAUUGACAUUGCUGAAAUGUCUCCUGCCAUCUCAGCGGGGUCGAUCAUUGUGAUCACCCUGUUUACCAUCAUUGUUUCAUACCUCUACAUCCUGCACUCCAUCCUGAAGAUGCGCUCUACUGAGGGGAGGCGCAAGGCCUUCUCUACCUGCACCUCCCACCUCACGGCAGUCACCUUGUUUUAUGGGACAGUUACAUUUGUUUAUGUCAUACCAAAGUCAAGCCACUCACCCAACCAAAUUAAAGUGGUGUCUGUGUUCUACACAGUGGUGAUCCCCAUGUUGAACCCAUUGAUCUACAGUUUGAGGAACAAGGAGGUCAAAGAGGCCAUGAAGAAAUUGAUGGUAAGAACACAUUCCUCAUUUUGA